AUGUCGGGCUCUCGAGCUCAUGACCCGCCGGCUCAACCGCCCCAGCCGAUCAUGCAGCAGGCCCUCAAGCGGCAGCUCGCCUUCUCCUCCAUGAAACCGCCGUUUUCAGCUACAGCAGACUACCACGUUUUUGUCUCAUUAAUCUUGGUUUUUCUUUUUACUGUUAUUGAAACUGAUAGAGCAAGGCGUAUUUAUAAAUUUGCACUUGAUCAUAUACCCAAACAAAGGGUUGAGGAUUUGUAUAAAAAGUUUGUGUGUUUGGAGAAGCAAUAUGGAGAUAGACAAGGCAUUGAGGAUGCGAUUGUGGGAAACAGGAGAUUUCAAUAUGAAGACGAGGUUAGGAAGAAUCCUCUUAAUUACGAUUCCUGGUUUGAUUAUAUAAGGCUAGAAGAGAGUGCAGGAAAUAAGGACAGAAUUAGAGAGGUUUAUGAGAGAGCUAUUGCUAAUGUUCCUCCUGUGCCGGAGAAGCGGUAUUGGCAGCGCUACAUUUGCUUGUGGAUCAAUUAUGCACUAUAUGAGGAGCUUGAUGCUGGAGACAUGGAACGUGCACGAGAUGUAUAUAGGGAAUGCCUUCAACUGAUUCCUCACAAGAAGUUUUCAUUUGCAAAAAUAUGGCUUCUCGCUGCCUUGCUUGAGAUACGACUGCUGAAUCUCGAGGGUGCACGCAAGAUCCUUGGUACUGCAAUAGGCAAGUCACCUAAAGAUAAGAUAUUUAAGAAGUAUAUUGAGAUUGAGCUGAACCUUGGGAAUUUCAAUCGAUGUCGGAAAUUGUAUGAAAAGUAUCUGCAUUGGUCCCCAGAAAAUUGCUAUGCGUGGACCAAGUAUGCAGAGUUAGAGAAAUCUUUGUGUGAGACAGAACGGACUAGGGCGGUUUUUGAACUUGCCAUCACCCAACCAGCACUUGACAUGCCUGAAUUGUUGUGGAAGGCAUACAUUGACUUUGAACUAUCAGAGGGUGAAUUUGAGAGAGCUAGAGAACUUUACGAGAGACUCCUAGACCGAACAAAACACCUAAAGGUGUGGAUCAGUUAUGCGAAAUUUGAGGCAUCUGCUAUAGCGGAAGCAAUGUGUUCAGAAGACCAGGAUCAGGAUUAUCUUUGUGAACAAACGAAGCAAUGUGUUCAGCGUGUUCGAAGAAUAUUUGAGAAAGCUUUUAACUAUUUUAGAACUUCAGCACCUGAGUUGAAGGAAGAACGGUGUCUCUUGCUUGAAGAAAUGUUGAAUGUGGAGGCUAGCUUUGGAGAUCUCGGUGAUGUUAGCUUAGUCCAGUCUAAGCUUCCAAAGAAACUUAAGAAGCGGAGGCCAAUAGUAACCGAAGAUGGCCCCGCUGGAUAUGAGGAAUACAUUGAUUACAGCUUCCUAGAAGAAGCACAUACCCAAAACCUCAAGAUAUUGGAAGCUGCCUACAUGUGGAAGAAGCGAAAGAUGUUAGAAUGCACUAGAGAUUAG